AUGGCGGGUAAGGCUUCUAGUAUUUUGGAAGUUUUAAUCUUCUCAACAGCUAUAUCGGUGGUGUCUUGUGUGGAUAAGGCAGGAAUUUUCACGUCCUAUAAAGGCAUUCGAUUCAAGGUCGAGCACAAGCUUUGCGACUACUUCAGACAAUUCUGGGUGCAAGCAAUGCUCCAGAAAAGCAUCGGAAGAAUGCCGUGCCCAGCGCCACCGGGUACAUUCUCUUACUACGACAUCGAGAUACCUCCCCCCAACGUGCCCGUUCCGAUGCGACCGGGCACUUACCACCUUUACAGCGAGGUGUACACUACCGUCACUAAAGAGAGAGCGCUCGUCAUCGACCACACCAUCCACUUUGCAGAAGACUACCAGAAGAACCGUAAAAAAAUGAACAAGAAGAAGAAGGGAUAG